AUGUCUUCUAGCAACCGACAAGCACCGAUGCCACCGCCGAAGCCGCGUAAUUUGGGACGUGGCCAGUUCUACCAUCAAGGAGGUACGUCAUCCGUAGCUCAUCUCGAAUUCCGUUCCUCUCUUGUGCCUCAAGUCUUUUGCUCCAAUACAUAUCAUGAAUUAUUUUUAAAGAAAAAAGGGGGAAAGAGACAGGCAAUGAUGAAUUUAUAAAUGCGACGCUUUUGCUCUUCUUCUUCUACUUCUUCUCCUUCUUCUUCUAGACUCCAUAGUUUUUUGCCACUGAGAGCAUGUCUCAAAGGGAAAAGAUCAUCUAUCAGAUGGGUUUCUAGAUAAACCCGGACAGACCAAAAAAAACUGAAAGUCUAGGGAUUCUGGUGUCUCUCUGAUUGAUGAUUUCACAGAAGUGCUACUGUGAGAGACUCUUUUCGGCGAAACAAGAAAAGGGGAGAAGAAGAAGGAGCUGGGGUGAGUUUCAAACGGACGGCGGAGCAAAAAAAUAGGAAAAAGAAAAGAGGUUUGGUUUAGUUGUGGCACCGCACUUUUUGUAACCCAGCCCAUCUCGCGUUCGGCCGUUGAAAGGCUUUGCUUUUGUGCCAUUCCAUUUUUGGUCCCGGGCGUCCCAACUGGUCUCUCUUUCCUUCCUGACGCCGGGACCAACAAAAGUGCGUUUUGCGUUUUAGUGUCCCCUUACCCCGAGGCCAACCGCCCAUUCCUGCUUAUUGCAUUUUGAGCAAGCGCGGCAGGACCCGAGAAAAAACUGCAUAUAUUCUGUUAUGUGAGUGCUUUGGGCGGUUGGUCGGAUGUGGAGGAGUGGUGGUGGUGAUUUGAGAAUUGGCUUGAGCUCAACCUCGGAUUUUCUGAAAGUUCCACUUCUAUUUUAUUAGUCUUCAGUUAAGUUAACCUCAUUUUUCCACACAAGAACUCCACAUUCCUUGUCGCAGAGUCAAUUCAAUUAACUCCUGAACUUUGGCUAGUCCUUCUCUCAAUUUCCGAACCUACUCCCAUUGCUCUUCGCCAACAAGAGAUAGGAAGAAGAAGAAGAAGAAGCAGUCGUCUCUUUCUCGCAUGUCACGUUCAUUUUUGAUGAGAAGUCGUAAACUCGAUUACGGUUGCCGUCCUCGAGUAAAAUGACGAGAGGUAGAUGAAGUUCACUAGCUCAGACCUUUCACCGAGCGCAUUCGGCUUCAAGUGUGAGCUUUCACUCUCUCUCUCUCUCUCUCUUUCGCCUGAUAGAUCCUCGCCCUGAGCGUUGGUCAAAACCACUUCACCCGGCCAAGAAGUGGUUCUUCACCAAACGCACAAAAAAUAUGUGCCAAAAGUUUUUGUCCGAGAAGCAGCUGCACUCCGCCUUUCCCUCGCUCCCUUCUCUUCGGUAGAUGUCAUCAAUAAUUCUGUCCAAACAUGCUUUAAACUCAUUGUUCUUCCUCUCCUUAUCCCCUGUCGCUUCAAAACGUCACGUUCCUCUCUUUUCCUUUCCCCUCCUUUUUUAUUUUUCGGCGCCCACUUUCGGUGCCACGAAUGGACGGCGGGAGCCGGAGGAGCAAAAAAACGACGUGGGUGCUAGCAGUGCUAGCAGCUCCUGCCAUUCCAUUUUUAGUUCAUUUUCAUCUCAUUUACAAUGCGUACAUAUCGCGUUACUCAAACACUUUUCGGGCGUCGGAAAACCUUUGGUGCUGCCGCCGCACUUUUAAUGGUCUCUUGUUUUCAGGGUAUCUGACCCCUCAGGACAGCGACACGGACAGUGGAAUCAGCGCCGAUUGUGACCAGGGAUCGCCGAGAGCUGCUCAAGGGUUUGGCACCACAAACGGAGGACACAGUGGACAGUUCGGCAGCUCGAGGAGGGUGACAGGUACGGUUCGAAUUCUAUUUGAGAAUUCGUAGUGUUAUGUUUAAUAAUCGCAAUCAAAAUUCCAGAUCUGCCUCCAACUUCCUAUCAAACUUUGCGGAGCCAAUCCUCCGCAGACUAUCUAACUCCGAACUCGGCUCGCAAGAUUGCCAGCUACAGUACGACACCCCGUCGGCUGCCGCUCCAACCCCAACAACAGCCUGCUCCGCCAACAAGCACAAAGACCAAGUAUCGGGUCAGAUUUGCCGAUGAAGUGGACAGUGGCGCGUCGACGUCGAGCGGAACCUCCUCCACGCACAUUUCGCCGAGAAAUGACCCGCAAGAGAUGAUGAUGAAUUCGGGUAAGUGUCAAAUGCUCUAUUAUACUAGAUUCGGUCCCUGUCCAUAAGAAUAAGAAAAAAAAAAAAUCAUUUUGCAGCUGUCAACGCGCCACAAAUCACCACCAACUUUCAUCAACCCGCGGCGGUCUAUAAACAGAACUCGGGUGAUACAAAGCCUGUUGUGAGCAACAAUGACUUCGCUCCAGUGAACAGGACGCCCCCGACAUCUUCAAGAACUGGCACACUCCGUUAGUUUCAGUUUUCGGUCCCUUUUACUAGAUUUUGUGCGAAACCGCAAAGAAUUCCGGAAAUUCGACAGCACUGCUUCUUACCAGCUCCAUCUAAUUAAGAAACCAAACCUUCUCCUUCCACUCUUUCUUUUUCUUUUUAUUUUCAUCGUUCGCAUUUCCAACAUUUCUCCCUUUUCACGUACAAACAUUCUACCCAGACUCUGAUAAUAUCUUCCGAAAAGUUUGCGUUGACGUUGACUCGACAAAAACGAACGGAUGAAUUGGCGAAGAAGGGUCCUCUUGAGACUUGGAACUGCGAAGAACCCCGGCGUGUACAUGCACAUGCAUGUACGGCAGGCAGCAAAAACCGAAAACCGGAGCGAAGAAGGAAAACAGAAUACGAGCUACUCACAGCGCAUACAUACACAUGGCCAGCCUGCGUUUCGCGUACUAAAAACAAAAAUUGCAUUUAUUCCUGGCCUCUAGUCAACGUUUUCAUUUUAAUUUGAUGGGCUGCGACAGUUUGAAAUGCAUUUUUCAAUUUUCAGAACGAACUCCAAAUCGGCGACUCCCAAUCAGUUCGACACCGCAACCACAACCAACUUACAUGGAUCAAAUGCAGGUCGGUCUUCCCGAACCGCCACCGUACACAAUUGCAAUGCAAAGAUUGAGGUGAGUCAGAGCUUACCAAUCUUUUCACCCUACGUCCACUCAUUUUCAGAGCUGUCGAGCAGCAACCUCAAGAAUCGUUCCGCGACGCCUACAUUCGAAAGAGUGUCAACGAUACACUCCAACGCCGUUAUCGCCAGCGAAGCUCUUCUCUGCCACGUGGCAACAAGUCGUACUACGAAGGCAUUGACUCCUAUGAAAUGCAGCCACCAAUACUUCCGCCCGCUCAUCAGUCAUCUCUCAUGACGUCCAUUAACCAACUUCCAGGCAGCUUGGAUAAUCUUCAUAUCACCGUGAGUUCAAAGGAUCAAACAUUGAAGUGAAAUGAGUGACAUUUCAGAACUACAAUACGGGAAGGCGGCGGAAACUGCCAACGGCCCCAUUGAUGGGUUCCUCGUGCCAAUUACACUUGGAGAACUCGGACGAGCUGACCGCCUAUAGAGCGUUGCAAUUCCAGAUGAUGCAAGAAGAGCUGCAGCGGUCAGUUUUCGAAGGGCCACCAAGUUUGGCAAGGAGAUUUCGCAAUGACGGAUAUCUUUCAGACAGCCGCCGCCACCCCAAUCUUUCGAGCGACAGCCCACACUUUUGCGCAGAACCAACUUGCCACCGCAAGCCUUCAACAUUCCUCAUAUCACCACAACCGGACCACCGCAGAUGGGAAUGCAGGUCCCUGUGCAGUUUGAUCAGGGAGAGUAUGGGUAAGUGUAAUGGAUUGCGAAAUUUUUUGACCAGGCUAGUUUUUUGUAGAACUCAAAGUGUGAGGGCUCAGCUGGUUGCGUUGGAUCAAAGAGGUUUCCGAAGAGUUUUGGUGGAGAAAAUGAUGCCCGGACCGUUUGGUUUUUACAUUGCUACCGGUGUAGUUGCCGGACAAAGAGGUACAUUUCCCCGGUAAAACUUUUUGAGUAUUGAAAUCGUAUUUUCCAGCCGGAAUCUUUAUCUCGCGAGUCUCCCUUCCAACACUUUCGCCAAUGUUGACCGUCGGAGACGAGAUCAUCUACGUGGAUGACGAAUAUGUCAAAGGACGUAGUCUCGAGUACGUCCAAUCUGUGAUUGCCGGAAAAACAAGUGUCACAAUAACCCUUCUCCCAGCUGUCGGCCAACCACCAAUGUGCUAA